GUUCUGCCCAGACGGGGAGUGUGUGUAAGUGGGGCAGGUAGAUGACAUCACAGGAGUCCGUGCUGUUUUCGUUUUCGCGGGGAGUUGGCUCUUUCGAGCUGGCCCCUGGGCGGAUCUCGCCACUAGAGAGCGGUGUGCGUGUGGAGCGGUCAGACUGGAGCAGGCACCGUGCGGCCGGGAGCUGUUAGCCAUUGGGUCUCGGGCAGACGGGACGCAGGACGACUCCGAAACUGGACAAAAGGUGGGAUCGUGUGGGGGGAUUGUGCCGUUUGGCAGCUGGGACAGACCGUGCCUGUGCAAAUAAAAGGAGCGACGCCCACUGAACUCUAAAGACUCAGCUGUGCUCCCCAAAAUAUGAGAUUUAAAAGUAAAAUCGCGACAAGAGUAUCUGCUCGAUUACAGGAGAACCUUAAAAAAUAAAGAGCGUUAAACAGACCAUCCUGGGGGAAAAGAGCGAAUCAAACAACUUGUGGACCGGCUUCUGUUCUCUGUAAGCAGGAGAUGGCUUUGACCCUGUGGAUAAGCCUGUGUCUGCUUUUCAGUCUUUAUGUGGGAGCAGUAAGGAACUGCUACCCUGGGUGCCGGUGCGAGGUGGAGAGUUUUGGACUGUUUGACAGCUUCAGCCUGACCAAGGUUGAUUGCAGCGGAGUGGGUCCUGAUGUGGCCCCAAUUCCCAUUCCUCUGGAUACCACCUAUUUGGACCUGUCUUCCAACUCCAUACGCACCAUCCCGGACUCCAUGCUCUCUGGGCCGGGCUACACCACGCUUGUCAGCCUGGACCUGAGCCACAACCACAUUACGGGGGUCAGCAGGAGCACCUUCUCCAAGCUGCGGUACCUUGAGACCCUGGACUUGAGCCACAACGCUCUCGAGGAUCUAACAGACGGGUGCUUCUCGGGCCUCCCGCUCUCCGAGGUGGACCUGAGCCACAACAAAAUCCGCGAGUUCAGGCUGGACAUCCUCACGUCCCAGGGCCACGGAAAGCCAAUCAGCGUGGACCUGUCCCAAAACCUCCUGACCGCCGUCUGGAGGAGCCCCCAGACUCCCCCUCCAAACAUCCAGUCCUUGAGCCUGGCGGGGAACCGGCUGACGUCUGUGCCCAAGCUGCGGGACGUUCCCUUGCGACACUUGAACCUGGAUGGAAAUCCGGUCGUUCGUAUAGAAGGGGAUGCAUUUGCAGGGUUGAAGGAUCUGGCCCACCUUUCCCUCAGCAGCCUUCCUGAGCUUUUGGAGCUCCAGCCUCACAGUUUUAGGGGACUUGAGAGCCUCCAGGUUCUGGACUUGUCAGGCAACCCAAAGGUGAAGUUCCUCAGCCCGGAGGUGUUCAGUGGCCUUGUCUCCUUACUGGAGCUCAACCUGUCCCACUCUGGGGUGAAGUCCCUGCCAAACAGCGUGCUGAGCCACCUGCCCAGCAUCAGGAGAAUCACGCUGCGGAAGGAUGUCCACUGCUGGAAGACCCAGAAACAAGAGCAGUUUCACUGGCAGGUUGGACGGACCAAGGGCGGGGAAGUUCUGACCUGCGAGGUCGCGGGCUUAGUCUCGUGAAGUGAGCUCGUCUGCCGCAGUGCCAUUACUUGAGGUUGUUCAAAGCUGAAUUGUGCCUUUUUACUCAUUUUGAGGAAACCACAAAGCAACUUUUGUAAUUAUUCCUGCCAAAACUUGAUUGUUUUUGUAAUAUUUUAUCUUGUAAUUUAAGAAACAAAAUUUGCACAUUAUUUCUUUCAACCUUCGCAAGUCUAGCUAGCUAAUUAUUCUUUCCAAGAAUAAUUUAUGCUUGUUCUUUUAGCCAGUAUUCCCUUAUUCAAUAUCCACAGCACUAGAAGACCACAAAAAAAUAAAACAUACAUGAACUGUGGGGCGUCUUGGAAGCAGAAUGAGUGCACAUUAUAUUUUUCUUCAGUGGCAUUUAAUACUGCUCACAUUAAUGUAGCUCACAGUUCUCUGGCUUGGGAGAUCACUGGCAGACGUCUGGACCAAAGUGGCCAAGAUCUGGUUUCUAAACCAGCUACUGCAUACUUAAUCUACAAAUGAAGUAAUUCCUUAUAUAGAUUAGAGACCUAAAGCCUGUAAGUGUGGAUACACAUCACUGACGAGCUGUUACAAAUCAUUUGACUCUGCAGGGGUUCUGAUCAACUUUUCCCCCAGAAAUGAGCUGAAGUGCCUUAAGUGGAUUUUCUGUGCUGAAUGUAUUCAGGUCGCUGCUGUAGCUGAAUAACACAAGUUGUGGAAAGGCCAGAAGACCAAAUCAUCACAUGUCAACAGAAGGCAAACCUGGAAAGUAAAAUGCAUCUGACAUUUAAAGCACAAUUUACAGAAGUAAAAGCUGUUAUUUUCUGACUAUACCCAAGUCUGCAGAGUGCCAUUGGAAAAGCUCUGUGGUUUGGACAGGUUUAAGAUCCUUUUACCUGCGGGGUGCUUGCAGAACUUCUUUUGACAGGCUUUUAGGGUUGGGAUCUGCAGUGAAGCGGUUUGGAUGCACAUGCUUUCACAAUGAGCAUGAUGGACAUUUCAUGUCCAAUCGUUUUUUAAAGCACACUUGCAUUCCUCGGAGUUUCGUCCGUGAGCUUUUAGCAGUUUGCAGAAAUGGGCUACUGGGGAUCACUUCUUUCUACACAAUUUUCAUAGAAAGGAAUAGAAAUGCUCUUUUCCCUCCCCUCACAACCUGGGCUUUUGCUUUUUGUAUAGCAUUUUAUCCCAUAGGUGGUUUAGAACAUCCGUUUACUUGUAAAGCUAAACUUGGAUUGUUAGAAGCAAUGUGCUGUGUAAUUUUCCUUUCUUAUUUGUCCUCCUGGCAAAGGUCCACUGUGUCGUCACAGUAUUUCUACUGUUCCAGAGCCUUUCACUGUUUCGUUCCUUUAACAAUACAUAUACAUGUACUCCUUUUUUCUUUUCUGCUGGCAGAAAACGUUUUGUCUAAUAAAUCAUCUUUACAUACAUGGCUAAUA